AUGUUGCCAGCGCUCAAUUCGACGAAAAAGUCUAGGGUUAGGGUUUUUGCCGAGGACGAUGCGAGAAUUGCAAUCGCAACUUCCGCCGUUGAUCGGUCCGACCUAAUCAACAACCACGCUGAGUUGCAUAUGUCAGGUUCUGAGAGAGAUACCGGAAUGGCGAGGAAUCUUGGACACAAUUUUGAAGUUGGGGAUUUAGUUUGGGGGAAGGUGAAAUCGUACCCGUGGUGGCCUGGAUUCAUAUACAAUGAGGCUUUUGCGGCUUCUUCUGCACGGCUUUCAAAGAAGGAAGGGUUUGUGUUGGUGGCUUUCUUUGGUGAUAGCAGUUACCGUUGGUUUGAUCCAACUCAACUUAUUCCCUUCGACGCGAAUUUUGCUGAGAAAUCGAAGCAGUUAAACUCAAAAGCUUUCUCCAAUGCAGUGAAAGAUGCAAUUGAUGAAGCAAUGCCAGAUUAUGACUCUGGAAUCUAUUCUGAAGCUCAGAUCUGGAAGGCAAAAAAUGAUUUUAGACCUUCCGAAACACUUCGUUUCAUCAAGCUAUUGGCUGUUGCUCCACAUGGUGGCGAUGAUAAAAGCUGUAACUUUAAUAAGAGUAAGGCCAUUGUUUUUGCUUUUCGACGAGAAGUGUUUGGGCUGCAUGAUGAGACUCAUGCUGAGGCUAUUGAAGUGCAGCCAUUGCGUUAUUCUAAUCCUCAGGCUAGUCCUCUUGUUCAGCCUGUUGUUCAGAACAGGAAGGAGAAAACUGGUUUUGGACCCCCUGAAAUACUUGCUUUUAUGAAGCAAUUGGCCAUUGCUCGUCAUUGCAUUGAUCGCAAAAGCUGUAACUUCGUUAAGAAUAAGGCUGUUGUGCUUGCUCUUCGACAGUCAAUGUUUAAGAUGCAUAAAGAGACUAAUGUUGAGGCUGUUGGAGUGCAACCAUUGCACCCUUCUAACCCUAAGGCUAAUCCUCUUGUUCAGCAAUUGAGUCAUCCUGCUAGUGGGUCCUCUUAUGUUAAUGUGCCAGACUAUGACCCUGGAAUCUAUUCCAAAGCUCAGACCAGGAAGGAAAAAAAUGGUUUUGGACCUGCCGAAACAGUUGCUUUCAUCAAGCAGUUGGCAGUUGCCCCAUACGGCGGUGAUCAUCAAAGCUAUAGCUUCUCUAAGAACAAGGCUUCCGUGUUUGCUCUUCGACAGGCAGUGUUUAAGCUGCAUGAUGAGACUUAUGUCAAAGCUUUUGAAAAGCAGUUACUGCCCCCUUCUAGUCCCCAGGCUAAUCAACUUGUUCAGCCUCUGUGUUAUUCUGCUAGCGGCGUAGUUUCUUCGAAUCAUCCAGUGGCCGAGACAGAAACUUUGGGUGCUGAGAACACUUCUAAAUCUGUUAAGGCUAAGGACAAUGUCAUGAAGCAUAAGUGUAUUUCUAAGCAUCAAGAUGAACCCAGUGGCUCUUACCAAUUCACAUUUGUGAAGGAAGAAAUACUAGAUGCAGGUUCUGCAGCUUCAGCUAUAAAAUCCAAAGUAGCUUUUGAAGAUAAUGUUCAACCAAAUGACAGUGGUUUUGUAUCAGAAGAAAUUACUUUAGAUGCAAAGCAUCAUCUUCACGAGAAGGAAAAAGAAUCUUCAAAAGAAAAAACCAAGAGAUUUGAACCUAUUGCUGUUACUAAUAAAAGGCUUGUGGUUAUGGCAUUGCCAAGCUUAAUUGAUGAGACAUCUCAUCGUAACCAUCUAGAAAGCAAAACUUGCACUGAUGUUAAACAUGGUGGAAAUACAAUACUAUCAAGGCCUCGUGACGAACUUCUGAUUACAGUUGAUGAAUUAAAGAAUCAUAGAGUUCUUGUUGAUGGUGUGCCGAAGAAGAUAAAUGUUCAAAAGCGAUCUGCGGAUGAUUUGAAUUCCGAGACUUCUGCUGUUAUAAAAAAAAGAAAGAGUUCAAAUUUACCACCUACGUUAGACCAUGUAGAGAAGAAGCCUUCAACUUCUGAAAAAUCUGUACAUGACUCAACCAAGGUGGAUCUUAAGGCCAGUAAGCAGCUGCGUGUGUGUAGAAAGCUUCUUAAUGAAUUGAAAGCGAUUGCUUUAGAUCAUUUUCAUGGUAUUAAUGGAGGAAUGCCUUCAUUUGCUAUCAAGUUCUUUUUGCAGUUCAGAUCUCAUGUUUACCAGAAAAGUUUGGUUUUAUCAUCACCUCCAACAAAGAAUGCAGUGCCUGAAGUUCAUGCUACUAAUGAUCAUGCUAGUGCUUCACCGAUAGUUAAGCCUGUAAAACAAAUUAUUCAGCCUGAUGACUCAAGCAAAGUUGCGCGAAAAAGGGCUCUCACUGACCCCGAAGAAGAAAUUAAUGCAAAGAGAUUGAAGAAAAUCAAGGAGUUAAAGGCACCGGAUGCAGAGAAGAAGCCAGCCACCCAGGCUCCACCUGAUAUUGUUAAGCAGCUAACUAACCUGUUUGAACCGACUGAGCUGGCCAUCUAUUUUCCUCCUAUGGCACCUCUUCCAUCUAUUGCAGAGUUGAAGGCAAGGUUUGGUCGUUUUGGGCGUAUACACAAAUCAAGUCUCCGCGUCUUUUCAAAUUUGUCAGCUUGUCGAGUUGUUUUCAUGCAGAAGGACGAUGCAGAAGAAGCAUAUAAAUUUUCUGUAGCAAAUCAAUCCUUAUUCGGCAUUGCUGGUGUGAGGUAUUUCCUCAGGGCAUUGGAACGUUCUUCGCAUAAUAUCCCUGAAGUUGCUAAGGCUAGUGAAGACAUUGAUCAUGCCAGUGAAACAAAGCACAUUAAGGAUCCUGCACCACAACAUCUUUCACAGCCGAUAAACCAGAUCAAAUCCAUCCUGAAGAAAUCUACUGGUAAUAAAUUAGGCCGGAAAACUGGUAACCGACACAGUGAUCAAGGGUCGCAACGUGUAAAAUUCUUGUUAGCCAGCGAAGAAAGUAGAAGGAGAGAGCAAUUAGUUGAUGGCUGUUCACAUUCUAGUGUUGCUAUGGAUUUUAACACUAAGAAUGUUCAAAAGGUCAAUUCUCAACCAUCUUUGCCUAUUCUUCCAUUUCCUUCUCAGAUUGCUAAAAAUACACCAGAUUAUUUGCAUGAUUUCGAUAUGGCAUCAAGAAAUACUACCAAUUUUAUAAAAUCGGAUUUGUCUUCCUCCACAACUACCGCUGAUAUAUCAAAGAAGAUGGUGGGCCUUUUGACAAGGUGCCAUGAUCUUGUGACAAACUUGACAGAUUUAGGCCAUCGGCCCUACCGUCCACUUUGA